CCUUAGAUGUCAAAAUUAGUUCAUACUAAACAUGGUAAAAUCUGAGAUUAAAUUGAUGAACCACAAUUCCAUAUCCAAACAAGGGAAAAAUAAGUCUAGAAGAGCAAAAACCCAAUUUGUGGAACUCAGAUCUGUAGCCUGAAGUGUCCCCAGCGGCUGCCCAUGCAUCUGCCAUCACUCGCACAGAAUCCGCGCAAGCUCUGCCUCAAACUCACCUUCAAACUCUCUGCCGGCUGCUUCUAUGAUUUCUUCUCGGAAGCUCAUCACCUUGCAAUUAAAGUCCCUUCAAAGCCACCUCACAAAAGCUCCAAUUAGAUUCCACCUUGUUUUAUUAUUUUUGACUUGACUUUGGAAAGUGUUCAGACAAUUGGUUCCCCAAGGCCCAUUAAAAAUAAAAAGAAACGGAUAGU